GCGGAUGAAAUGGAGGAAAUUGAGAAAAAGUUGGUGAAGCAACAACUGUGCUCGAACUCAAACAAUAUGGGUGUCAGUUGUGAUGAUAUGGAGCAGGAGGAUGAGGGACAAGGACUGGAAUGGUCGGUAGUGGAAAGAUAGGAAAAAGAGAGAUCAUGAUACAGAAAGCAGUGGAGCAUCUAGUAAAGAAAGCAUGAAGAGGGCCAAGGUAGGAAGCAAAAGUACUUACGUGUUGGAGUGGAAAGGGAUGAUAGUGUUUGAUGAGACCACAGGGCCUCACUUACACCCUAUCCAACUAACGAAUACCGUAGAGAAAGAGGUAGGUUAAGUGAAAUUAGCUUGGUUCAUUGGAAAUGGUAGAUUGUUCAUAUUGUGUGGUAGCCUGGCUCUGCAAGAGAAGCCAUGUCCCUGGUGCUUAUGCUAGAUUGAGGAGAGAGUCAUCACUGGGGUCCCAAUAUCUAUGUCCACAGAUGAUAUUAAAGAAAAUGUGAAGGGAGGCAGAGAGAUUGAGGCCGAAAGGUUGAUCAGCAGGAAAGAGGGUCAAAUAAGUGAAAGCUUAUCAGUGAUGCUGAGGUUUGAGAAAGUCUUGCCCGGGAAAAGUACAGGUAGGAUUCCUUAGUUUCAAUGUUAGAGAACUUGUCCCAUAUGCACUUCAGUGUUUUAAAUGACAAAGAAUGUGACAUGUCGCUGCUCAGUGUAAAGGAAAGAAAAGAUGUGUCAAGUGUGGAGGGGCACAUGAUUACGGCGAAGCAAUGUGAAGGUUAAGUGCUGUAAUUGUGGAGGAGAACACAGUGCAGCAUUUGGUGGAUGCCAGGUACAGAGAGGCUAGAGAGGCUCAGAGAUAUAGGAUCAGUCCUGAUGUAUCAUAUGCAGAGGCCGUCAAACAGUUUGGUAGAACUACAGUUGCGGACUGAUGGAGCUUACAUGGAUGUACCUGUAGUAAGUGGACCUACUGUCGGGGCUGGUGCUUCUAAUGAUCCUGGCAUGGUUUUGAGGCCUGUUCAGAAAUCUUGUGCUCAUGAAUGUGCGGUGUCAAAGGACACUUUGAUAAUGAACAAAAUUGUCUUCAUAGAUUUUAUUGGUAAGGUUGUCAAUACGACUCGGGAUGUGGAAAGCAGAAAUGCCAGGUUGAAUGUUAUUGCGGAGACAGCAAAAGAGAUAUUGGGGGUAACAGAUUGAAAUGGUUGUUGACAUGCAGAACUAUCGUAAGGGUGGAGUGUUUCAGCAUGAUAUAGAUAACGUUUAAUGGGUUUGGGGAGGGUGUGAUAAAAGUCAGGGAUUUAUUUGGUUUAGAUUUUAUUUUUUCAUGGUAGUGCUGAAUUGAGCAGAUCGUGAUUGAUCGUACAUUCAAGCACAGUAGGUGGCGGCAUGCGAUUGUUUGCGGACCGCCAUGAUAGCAUAGAAGAAACGAAAGAAGAAGAGGUUGUUUCUAGGAACCAAGACCAACCCUCGUUUCCUUUCGGACGUUCACAUUUGUGACACAUUGCAGAUUUACACAUUUCAGCACGACGUACGGAAAAACAUGUGUAGAAAUCUGUUUGUAAAGCAUAACGAGUAUGGCGAGUUUAAGAGGAGAAUUGACAGCCAUAUUUUCUAAAUCAAAGCUCAUAGUCCUCGAGAUAUGAUGUCUAAAGUCAAGCCAGAGAAAACGGACUCUGCUGCUUCUUCUAAAACGCCAGAAUCCAGUCAGGACCAAAAGAAAAAGAAACCUGUAAAGAAAAAGUUUUUUGAACACACCAAGAAACAACCAGUGGCAAAAGAUCAACGUAAAACCAACGUGUUGCUUCCUCCGAAAAAUGCCGAACAGUUUUCAGCCAACUGGAAAACGUUACUAGAGGUGUUCAAAUCCAAUCCCCUGCCGGUAAAAAAUAAACCAGUUCAGCGGAACUCAAAGAAGGAAGUCCCUAAGAAACCCACUAAAGACAUUUCAAAGAAGGACGAGGUGGUGGUGGAUAAGAAGCCUGCUAAAAACUUAUCAAAGACAGUGAAUGAUGCCAAGCCCAUGCGGGUGAACAGUAGGAAAGUAGGGAAGGACAGUGCCGUUCCCAAUAAAUCCCAGGUGAAUGGGAAAGGUCCAGGAACAUCGGGGACAGAACAACCCAAAGCCAAGAAGAAGAAACAGAACAAUUCCCAGGUGGAGGGUAACACACAGAUGAAGAAGAAGAUGAAAAUGGAGGAAGUGGAGGAAAAGAAACCCACUGAAUCGGACAUGUGGUUUGAUGACGUGGACCCUGACGACAUUGAGGCCACAGUGGGGACAGAGGCAGCAGAUAUCAUGAGGAAGAUGCAAGGCACUCAUAAGACAGAUGCCCAGACCACAGAGAAUGCGCUGGUCAAGGACAGGGGGUUUGAGGGCCUAACCAAGGCGGUAGCUAUGGACUGUGAGAUGGUGGGUGUGGGGCCAGAUGGAGAGGACAGCAUUGUAGCCCGGGUCUCCCUUGUCAACCAGUUUGGGAAGUGCAUCUACGACAAACACGUCAAGCCCACAGAGAAGGUGACAGACUACAGGACAGCUGUCAGCGGCAUCCGGCCGGAGAACAUCAGAAACGGUGAGAAUGUGAAGACUGUACAGAAAGAGGUGGCUGGGAUCCUCCAGGGGAGAACGCUAGUGGGACACGCCAUUCACAAUGACCUUAAGAUUUUGCUCUUGGAUCACCCAAAAAAGAGAAUCCGGGACACACAGAAGUAUAAACCUUUCAAGAAAAUUGUGAAGAGUGGUCGGCCCUCUCUGAAACUCCUGUGUAGAGAAAUACUUAACGUCAACGUACAGCAGGGAGAACAUUCAUCCGUCCAAGACGCCCAGGCGACUAUGAGGUUGUACACGAUGGCGAAGAAGAAUUGGGAAGCAGAGAUCAAGGCUAGUCGUAACAACCCAGACUUAACCAAGAAGACCAAAGUACCAAGGAAGCCCAAAUCAGCAAAACUCAAAUGAACCUGCCUGGUUCUGAAGUCUUACCUGCAUCUGUCUGUAAUGGGACUGUGGACUAACCAUUGACUAGGUGGCACAGAACAGGUGGCUUGAGUGAAUUAAUAACAAGUGUGUCUUUGGGAAGUGGAGUGGACUCGCACAUAUAGAGGCCUUAGUGAAGUCCUUUUAGGAAUCUCGUUCUGUGACCCAUAAGGAUUUCACAAAAGUUUGUUCAAAUGAAUAUUGACUUGAUUCAAAUCCCACUCAGCCCAAAUCACUCAUAUCUUAGUGAUCUUUCAUGCAUUGUCUGGUACAUCCUCUUCAGUGUUCUUUUUGUUCAGAUCGGGUUUUAAAAUGUCAUCUCUUAGCUUCUAACAUCCACAAGUUAGGUUUAGAGAAGAUGUUGCAUUUGAGGGCUUUAACAUGAAUUAAAAGUUUCAUAUCUUUAA